AUGGCUGCAACCACGCGCUUCUCAGGAAGGCCAAGCCUAGGCAAGGUCUUGCUCUCCCUCUCCCUCUUCUCUACCCUCAUUUUCGCACAGAACGCACCACCCUACGGAUCCGGAACAKCCGCUACAUGUCCAGACGCGGCGGAUGGGACCGCUGUCACUGUCAAUGGAGACCAGAGAGCCAGUGUGUAUACUAUCUAUUGCAAUUACGAUAUCGGAGGCGGUACGUUCAAUCGUACUGCCACUUCGUUCGACCAGUGCCUCGUGUUUUGCGAGAACAGCCUUCAGUGCGGCGCCGUGGUUUAUCGUGACGGCACCUGUUAUAUCAAGCCCGUCUCAAACCCUGGAAACACGAGAUUCCCCGUGACCGAUGGUUCGAACCUGGGCGUCAAAGGUGUUGUCACUACAACUACAACUACAACUACGACCACGACACCGAUCCCUACAACAACAACGACGACAACCACGCCUACUCCUUCUCCUACUCUGUCUGUGUCAAGUAGCGAGCAAUUGACGUGCACUACUGCCACCACCCCGCCUGUUGCAAGCGACACCACUACGACUACCAAUGGCGUCUGCGGUAUCAAUAACGGCCUGAACUGUGGCAAUGGGUUUGGGGAGUGCUGCAGCAUCUACGGCUUUUGUGGAAGUACGAGCGAUUACUGUGCCCCCAGCGAAUGCGAUCCUGGCUUUGGACGUUGUGCUACUGCAGGCGGCACCACGACGAAUGGUUUCUGUGGCGUGACAGGCAAUAACGCAAUUUGUGGCAGUAACUUUGGAGACUGUUGUUCACAAUAUGGAGCCUGUGGAAAUACCACCGAUUAUUGUGGACUCGGGUGUGAUCCCGCAUAUGGGCGCUGUGACGGUUCCCCAACGCCAAACGGAUACUGCGGAGCUACGAACAACGGAUGGACAUGUGGGUCGGUCUUUGGUGAUUGCUGCAGUCAAUAUGGUUCAUGCGGUAAUGACACUGCGUACUGCGGCACUGGAUGUGACCCCACAUAUGGACGUUGCGACAAUGCCACGCCUCCUACAUACAUACCAAGUUCGGUUCCUCCCCAGUACCCUAGUGGAGCGGAGACUUCGACAGCCGCUGCACCUACUGCAACUCAAAGCGGAGGACUCACACCGAAUGGAUAUUGUGGUCCGGACAAUAACGAUUACAUUUGUGGCGGAGAUUUCGGGCCUUGUUGCAGUCAAUACGGAUCUUGUGGAAUUGGCGAUGCGUACUGUGGCGCUGACUGUAAAUCUACGUACGGUCUUUGCGAUACUCCCCUUCCAGCCUGCCCAGUGAGCUCUUCAUCCUCAAGCUCUGAGAUCUCGUCUACGUCCUCCAGCUCGAGCUCCUCGUCAGAGGUAUUUAGCACGACUGAGAGUUCAUCUUCAAUCCCUGAUACGACUACCACAACGACGACUACGCCAUUUCCGACUACUACCACAACGACCACUUCAUUUCCGGAUACAACAACCACCACGACUACAUCUUUGCCAGAUACGACGACCACUACAACUACGUCCUUUCCGGACACAACCACUACAACAACCACGCCGUUUCCAACGACCACGACRACUCCCAUUUCGACAACAACUACAACUACAACAUCUUUCCCUGACACGACAACUACUACUACAACAACGUCUCUCCCGGACACGACCACUACUACAACUACGCCGUUUCCUACGACCACGACAACUCCCAUUCCGACCACGACCACAACUACAACUACUCCAAUCCCUACUACAACCACGACCACCACACUGUUUCCGGGUACUACAACUACUACGACAACCCCUUUCCCUACUACAACCACCACCACCACAACAACGCCAUUCCCAACGACUACGACGACAACCACCAGCAGUACCUUGAUCAGCUCAAUAUCAUCUAGCCCAAGCUCCAGCUCGUCUUCUUCAAGCACUGCGACAUUCUCAACUUCUAUCGGAAUUGUGAAUCGCGCAGUGUGUGGUCCCGUCUACGGCGGUCAAAGCUGUUAUGGAAGUGGUUUCGGCAACUGCUGCAGCGCAAACAAUCAAUGUGGUAGUACCGACGAUUUCUGCGGACCCGGAUGCCAAAUCGAGUAUGGAGACUGCUACCCUGUUUCCUCGAGUUCGUCUUCCACCUUCCUGUCCAGCUCGAUCCAAGCUUCAAUUCCACCCAGCUAUGUACCUCCAGUAUCCAGCUCGACCAGCUCUGCGGUUCAAGUAGCGACCACCACUAUCAGCUCUGUUGCGCCAACAAACACCUUUCCAAUCAGAGUUCCCGAGUGCGCCAGGAACUGUCUCGCGGAGAGCGAUCUUCAGGGAUGUGAUCCGAUGGAUGUCUCUUGCAUCUGUCGCAACAACGAUCUCAUUGCCGACUACUCCUGCUGUUUGGCAUUGAGCUGCAGCUCUAACAUGGAGCUCAUGGCAAUCAUGGCGAUUGGACGUGCACUCUGUGCUUGCUACGGGUACUUCGGUCUUCCGACAAGCGCUGGCUGUACCGCACCUGCGUAUAGUGCGACCCCAAGUGCAACACUCAUCGACCAAUCUCCCACUACUACUUCCACCAACUUUGUGACGCCCACGGCCAGCACAUGUGGCAACAUCCUGGAGAGCAUCACGGAUCAGAUCCCCAGACCCUCGUCUACAUCCAGCACGGUUACUGCUCCACCUAGCGUGCCCGCAUCUACCACUGCGUCAAUCACUGCUACGCCUAUUCCCACCAGCGCAUUACCUCCAUGCGCCAAGCCUUGCAUUGCGACGUACGAACAGACUAGCUGUUUCGGAGGCUGUAGCCCGCUAGACGUGGCAUGCAUCUGCAGCAACACUGUUCURGUAGAUAGCCUCUCGUGCUGUGUCGCUCAGACAUGYGAUGAAGCUGGACAAGAAGCCGUCAGCAAUUUCGCCGAUGCCCUCUGCGCACAAUAUGGAGUCUACAGUCUCCCGGAAUCCGCUUCCUGCGCUCCAACAACGACUCCCUCCAACGGUCUCGCCAUCCCCUCCUCGACCAUUCCCGGCUGCUCCUCAACAGCACUCAUAACAUCCGCAACUGCAACCCCAACCGGCCUCCCUCCAUGCGCUCAACCCUGCAUCGCCUCCUACGCCUCUUCAUCCUGCUAUGGCGGUUGCUCUCCAUUGGAUGUAACCUGCAUCUGCAGCAACAAACCCCUCUUGAACGAACUAUCCUGCUGCGUCAGCACUUCUUGCGACGGAGCAGGAGAGGCAGAAGUGGUGAGGUUCGCACAGAAUCUCUGCCAGCAGUAUGGUGUAUUUGAUCUGCCUUAUAGUGCGGGCUGCGCUAGUACAUUGGCUAUUGGGGCCACUAGUACAACGAUUGGAAGCUGUGCGACGACUACGAGUGGGUUGGUUGGAGGUACGUGUGUGCCUUGUCCAAAGAUUUGUGAGAAGAGAACCACUGUUCUGGCUAUUACUGCGGGCUCUUAUUAG